AUGACGACAUGGGCCUCAGUCGACACGUCCCCACGCGGCUCGACUGCGAAUGAUGAGCAAGCUUCGCGGGGCUACGUCAUUCUAUGCACGUUUUCGAACUUUAGACGGCGGAAGAAGGUCUCUCCAGAGCUCGAAGUCAUAAUAUCUCUCACACAUGGGACGACUCGCCAAAACGCACAAACGCAGAUCGAGCGCUACUUCAACAUUGCAACACAAGCCGGCGAAAACAAGUCGCAUCCGACACCAUCUUACACCAAGCCCGACCAGAUGGAUCAAGAAGGGAACAGGCAACCAGCCCAGCAACAGCCGCCAAAGGCAAAACCACCGCACAAGACCGAAACAGAAGAGAAGAUCGAGAACGAGACUCCGCGGUUGAGUACUGGAGCUUCAGCAUCCAUGUCGGAGUCUAGCUCACAGCAGGACGGAGUCCAGUACGUAACGCGAAGGUCAAGGAGUAAACGACACGAUCCAGCCAAGCAACACAGACAAGUUGCGCAACAGCAGGUUGGACCCCAGAACCAACAAAAUCAACAACUCCAGACCAAGUCCAGCAGUGGAGCUCCGUCGGUGAAGCUAGAUAUGAAUUUGGAUGUUGACAUUGAUCUCAAAGCGAAGGUCCAGGGCGAUAUAACGCUAUCUGUGUUGUAA